AUGGUAAUCCGUACAGUUGGAACGCUUAAAGGACAAGAAGAUUUGGGAGUGGAAAGUUUAAUAGAGAAUACAUGAGAAGCGAGGCUACAAGGCAACGAUAAGCACAUGCUUUUGAAAUUGAUACCAUUAGAAAAUAUUACUGGAAAGGCAGAACGUUCGAUCAAGUAUAUGAAGAUAAAGAGUUUCGAAGAUCUACAUGAUGCAUUCAGCACGCAUGUGACUUCACCAACAAUGAUAUCAGCAGCCAUAGCGCAACUGGCCAAGAUUUAUCAGCUACAAUGA